AUGGUCGAGUUGCUGCUCACAGGAUCAUUAACAACUGUCGAACCAACACCUAAAAAGAGAAUCAUGCCAGUUUCUCGUGUCGCUCCUGUAUUUAAAAAGUUAUCAAUCACACCAUGGAUGGUUGAAAUUCGUACACAAGCUGCAUUGUGGAUGGACAAUAUUCUCAUCGGUCAUUAUGAUGGCCAUUGA